ACUGACGCUUUCGGAGGGCGGUCGGAGUCGGGGACUUCAGUCCCUGAAUAAUCACACUAACUCGGUGAUAGCGAGCAAGCCUCCAUCGUCUUUCUACCACCUUAUUUAUCGGGUUUUUAUUGACGACCUAUCGGUUGGAUUCGAAGGACAAUACCAGUGGCUCAAUCGCUUUAAUCAGAGUCCAGAUUGAUCACUUUGUUCAAAUUGUCAGAUCGUUCAUCCCCGUCCCCGAAAAAGCCGCAUCCGUAAUACUCUUUGGGUUCUCCAUAACAUCACAUCACGAUCAAUUGGUUUCUCUGGCCAAAAUAAAGAUGCAUGGAAACUAGAGAACGUAUUCGCGUUUGGGGUUAUUUGCGUAUGGGUUAAACAUACAACUCUCCUCUUGCUAGGAAUGCUGCUUUCCAACCCGCAUAACAACCUGUUAUAAAACGCAAUAGAGAGCCGUUUCUAUUCCCUUGACAAGCAUGGAGCCCGAUAUGGAGGUCGACACUUCAGAGCCCCGUGGGAUAAAAAGGCCAAUCGAGGAGAGUGAAGCACCCCGUGGACCGAAGAGGAUCCGGGCUCUUGACCCUGAUGUAGUGAACAAGAUCGCAGCGGGGGAGAUCAUCGUAGCCCCUAUGCACGCUCUUAAAGAACUUAUAGAAAAUGCGGUUGAUGCCGGGUCUUCUUCAAUCGAGAUCUUAGUCAAAGACGGUGGCCUUAAGCUACUCCAGAUCACCGACAAUGGCCAUGGGAUCGAUAGAGAUGAUUUACCUAUUUUGUGUGAAAGAUUUACGACUUCCAAACUCAAAGAAUUUGAAGACCUUACUUCGAUAGCUACGUACGGUUUUCGGGGCGAAGCGCUGGCUAGUAUAAGCCACAUUGCCCAUCUAACGGUGACUACCAAGACCGCAGGCUCUAGUUGUGCAUGGAGAGCUCACUAUAGCGACGGGAAACUGGUACCGCCGAAACCAGGGCAGAGUGCGGCCCCGAAAGCUACGGCAGGGCGUGGCGGGACACAGAUAACAGUCGAGGACUUAUUUUACAAUGUGCCCACUAGACGCCGCGCGUUCCGCUCAGCUAGCGAGGAGUACGCAAAGAUUCUGGACGUUGUUGGACGCUAUGCAGUUCACUGCACCGGAGUCGCCUUCUCAUGCCGUAAGCACGGGGAUUCAGGCGUUAGCAUCUCGACUGGUGCUGCUGCAAGCAACAGUGACCGGAUUCGCCAGAUUCAUGGUAGCGCAGUAGCCAAUGAACUGGUGGAAUUCAGUGUCAAAGACCCGAAGCUAGGGUUUACCUCUUCUGGGCUUGCAACAAACGCGAACUAUCAUGUUAAACGAACUACCAUCCUCCUCUUCAUUAACCAUCGCUCUGUAGAGUCUACUGCUAUAAAACGGGCGAUCGAACAAACAUAUUCAAACUUUCUACCCAAAGGUGGUCACCCCUUUGUCUAUAUCGACGUCGAGAUCGAACCGCACAGACUGGAUGUAAAUGUCCACCCCACUAAACGGGAGGUGAAUUUCCUGAACGAGGACGAGAUUAUCGAGAGCAUCUGCAACGAAAUCAGGUCGAAGCUGGCGCAGGUAGAUUCUAGCCGAACAUUUUUAACGCAAACUCUUCUUCCGUCCGUACAAACAAUCGACCCUUCAUCCCGAGAUGGUGUACCAACCGACAGUGGAGUUUCUGCUCCGAAAACCCCUGCAACAGCAAAGAAACCUUACGAGCACAAUCUAGUCAGGACCGACUCACGCGUGCGGAAAAUAACCUCAAUGUUAUCGCCGGCCAUGCAGCAAACCCCACCAGGAUCCCAGGCAGAAACAACGUCCCUUACGGUCCCAGAGGAAGGUCUCCAGUACGAGACUACAGACCGCGAGCCGCUGAAAAUCGCUUUAACGUCCAUCAAAAACCUCCGCGCAGCCGUUCGCAACUCCAUGCACAACACCUUAACCGAAACAAUGGCAACCCACACCUAUGUCGGGCUAGUCGACGAGCGGCGCCGCAUUGCCGCCAUCCAAUCCGGCGUAAAGCUCUACCUCAUCGACUACGGAAUGUUCUGCAGUGAAUUCUUCUACCAGAUCGGCCUCACGGACUUUGGAAACUUCGGAACCAUCAAGCUCGACCCGGCCCCCAAACUCAUCGACAUCCUCCAAAUCGCCGCAGACGCCGAACGCGAGGCUCAUCAUUCCCGCAGCGCAAACGAAGCCACGCAACAAUCAGCAGCGGAACUACAACAGAAUGAAAUCUUCACCAACGCCCCCGAAAUCGUCACCCAGACACUGAUGGAAAGAAAGGAAAUGCUCAACGAGUAUUUCUCAAUCGAGAUUUCAGACGAUGGCCAUCUCCUCUCCAUUCCGCUACUCCUGAAAGGCUACCUUCCCUGCCUAGGAAAGCUCCCCCGCUUCUUACUCCGCUUAGGUCCCUACGUGGACUGGACAAACGAACAGGAAUGCUUCCGGACCUUCCUGUGGGAACUUGCGGCGUUCUAUACACCGGAGCAACUCCCCCCUCCUCCUCCUUCCUCUCUCCCAGGGCCGCCGAACCCCGAGGCUAAUUCUACAGAAACCUCAGGGCCCGAAGAGGCAGAAACUCAGGAGGCCGAAAAUGAAUCGGCUACCCAGCUGCGUCGACUGCAGAUGACUCGUAUGCUCGAGCACGCGGUGUUCCCUGCUCUUCGGGCACGGCUGGUUGCCACGACGCGACUUCUUCGGGGCGUGGUGGAGGUUGCGGAUUUGAAGGGAUUAUAUAGAGUUUUUGAGAGAUGUUAAAUGUAAUGGACACAUACGGAUAUCUGGGAUUGCUGUUUACCAGGAAAGUAAGCACACGACUAAAAGGGGUUGUUUCAUCUUCUAAGCUAGAUGGAUGAUACACCAUGAUCUGUACUAGAUAAGAUAAGAUAGGAUACCUAGGGCCAAGGAUGAGGAUGGAGGGAAGAGUAGUAAGUAGGAAUAGCUACCGGAGCAGCUAAUGUAAAAGAGGAGGUGAGAUGCUCGUUGUCGGUAGCAGGUUAAAUUAGAGAGGGGAAAGGAGUGGACGGACGAGAGAUAGAUAACAACUCAACAUUCAUGAAGCUUAGAGAAGAAAGGAAUGCAGCGCAAAUGAUCCUAGCCAGGGGAGGGGGGGCUGAGUGCAGUGGUAUCAAAGGUAGUUAGUUAUAUGGGCAUUGAAUAGCAAAUUAAUAAUCAGUUAUGGAGUAUCCCAGCCUAUCGUUCGUGUCGAGGAGU